AUGAAGGUGAAGGUGGACGGCUCAGGAGCAGAUAUGAAGGUGGAGGUGGACGGCCCUGGAGCAGAUGUGAUGGUAGCAGGGGACAGCUCAGGAGGAGAUAUGAAGGUGGAGGUGGACGGGCCAGGAGGAGAUAUGAAGGUGGAGGUGGAUGGCCCAGGAGGAGAUAUGAACGUGGAGGUGGACGGCCCAAGAGCAGAUAUGAAGGUGGAGGUGGACGGCCCAGGAGCAGAUAUAAAGGUGGAGGUGGACGGCUCAGGAGCAGAUAUGAAGGUGGAGGUGAACGGCUCAGGAGCAGAUAUGAAGGUGGAGGUGGACGGCUCAGGAGCAGAUAUGAAGGUGGAGGUGGACGGCUCAGGAGCAGAUAUGAAGGUGGAGGUGGACGGCUCAGGAGCAGAUAUGAAGGUGGAGGUGGACGGCUCAGGAGCAGAUAUGAAGGUGGAGGUGGAAGGCCCAGGAGGAGAUAUGAAAGUGGAGGUGGACGGCUCAGGAGCAGAUAUGAAGGUGGAGGUGAACGGCUCAGGAGCAGAUAUGAAGGUGGAGGUGGACGGCUCAGGAGCAGAUAUGAAGGUGGAGGUGGACGGCUCAGGAGCAGAUAUGAAGGUGGAGGUGGACGGCUCAGGAGCAGAUAUGAAGGUGGAGGUGGACGGCUCAGGAGCAGAUAUGAAGGUGGAGGUGGACGGCUCAGGAGCAGAUAUGAAGGUGGAGGUGGACGGCUCAGGAGCAGAUAUGAAGGUGGAGGUGGACGGCUCAGGAGCAGAUAUGAAGGUGGAGGUGGACGGCUCAGGAGCAGAUAUGAAGGUGGAGGUGGACGGCCCAAGAGCAGAUAUGAAGGUGGAGGUGGAAGGCCCAGGAGGAGAUAUGAAAGUGGAGGUGGACGGCUCAGGAGCAGAUAUGAAGGUGGAGGUGGACGGCCCAAGAGCAGAUAUGAAGGUGGAGGUGGAAGGCCCAGGAGGAGAUAUGAAAGUGGAGGUGGACGGCUCAGGAGCAGAUAUGAAGGUGGAGGUGGACGGCUCAGGAGCAGAUAUGAAGGUGGAGGUGGACGGCUCGGGAGCAGAUAUGAAGGUGGAGGUGGACGGCUCAGGAGCAGAUAUGAAGGUGGAGGUGGACGGCUCAGGAGCAGAUGUGAAGGUGGAGGUGGACGGCCCAGGAGCAGAUGUGAUGGUGGCAGUGGACAGCCCAGGAAGAGAUUCAUCUGGAGGGGGUCUGUCAGUCACUGAAGCUGGAAGAAAGUCAUCUUUACUGAAGAUAUCUGGGUUGAAUGGCCGGAUCCCAGUACUCCUAAACCCCUUCUUGACAUUUUGUGGUGAUGCUCCCAUCAGCAAGAUGUUGUUGAGCAAUUGUGGCAGGUCAUAG